UAAAGCUGUGGAAAAUCUUAAAACAUUAGCUGACAAUACAAAACGUAUGGACACUAUUGAUCUGCACCAGCUGCUACAGAAUCGCUUUGGACAACAAACUCCUCUGCUGAACUUCCAGCCAGGACAAAGUCUGAGAGAUCAGAGCAUCCUCUGCAUGCUGUUUCACUUUUCUCUUGUUCUGAGAAACUGUCAAAAAAAGAAGAAUUUCUUACAUCCACUGAUCACCAUGGCUACAAAUCCAGCACUUUUAACUAAUACAUUGUUGCCAACAAUGCCACAGGAUGAUCUCUUACAAAUAAAGCAAGCUUUGCAAGGAGCUGUAAUAUAUCGUUGUCCCAAUGGUCAUGCAUAUGCUAUUGGUGAUUGUGGUCAGCCAGCAACAAAGGGCAUGUGCAAUGUUUGUCAUUCAGAGAUAGGUGGAACCAAUCACACAGCACUUCCAGGAAAUGUCCAAGAUGCUGGAAUUGACCAAACAAAGACUGGUCAUAUUUUGGGAGAUGCCAACCAGAGACCAAACAUCUCACCAUCAGAACGUAAACUGAGUGGUCAAGCUUGUGCCUUACUCAGACUGUUUACUCAUGCAGCUCUACUCCUCAGCUGUGAUAUCAACCCUCAGGUUGUUUCUGCGCUGGUGCAGCCUGCUGUACAUAAUGUGAGUCAGUUUUUUUUUAACCACAUUCAGAAAGAUAUAGAUCAACUUCAGAGAGGUCUGGGAAAGAGUAUGGAUGACAUUUUUCUAAUACUUCAUUUCAUCUUGCACCAGAUAUCUGACAAAACUCAAGGAAUUCCUGGGGUAAUGGCCCCUGUGACUCUGUCAACAAAAGUUGAAAGAGAAUCCUGGGAAGAAAAGUUUGCCAGCACAUUUAUUUCUCCUGUUUUACAGGAUCUGGAUAACUUGCUACAUAAACUGAAUGACAAAAUUAUGGACGAUGAAAGAUUUGGACAAGACAAACUGAUGAACAUUCUCUACGAAGUUGAUACAGCACGUGAUCUGUCAAUAGAAACUCUACACAACAUUCCUGAUGUCUGGCGUUACUGCUCACGCAUCACCCUGGAUCAUUUUCUGAGAGAAUUUCAGCUUCAGAUGGAAAAUGCCAAGAAAAAAGAUUGCAAUCUGGUCUUGAGACUGUUUCAGUCAGAGGUGAGUUCUAAGACUGACACCACCCCCCACCAUCUAAACACAUUGAUUUAUUUCUCAUUUCAACCAUGUGCUCACUGAUUGAUGUAUCAAAGGUUCUGGCAUGUGCUGUUGUGUC